CUACACUUCUCUGUUGUCGCGUUAUUAAUACGUCUUAUAACCCGGUCACCUCUAUGUUAGAAACCUGCCAUGUACAGAACGCUGAGUACCGGGAAACACCGAGGGGCCAGUACCCUGCGCAGGUUGCUUAGUACCCUGGUUAUUGCUGAACAUGACACACAACAGCUGACGCCAGUUACACUAAGUGCCAUCUCUGCAGCCAAGAGACUUGGGGGGGAUGUGUCCUGCUUGGUGGCUGGGACUGACUGUACCAAGGUAACGGAACAGCUGGCAAAAGUGCAAGGAGUAUCCAAACUGUUUGUAGCUCAGGAUGAGGCAUACAAAGGAUUUCUUCCUGAGGAGCUGACUCCAUUGAUUCUGGAAGCCCAGAAGCGGUUCAGUUUCACUCACAUCUGUGCUGGAGCAUCUGCCUUCGGGAAGAAUCUCCUGCCCAGAGUAGCAGCAAAGCUGGAUGUAGCCUCAGUGUCUGAUGUCAUAGAUAUCAAAUCCCCUGAUACCUUUGUGAGGACAAUCUACGCCGGUAAUGCCUUAUGUACAGUGAAAUGUGAGGAACCCAUCAAAGUGUUUACUGUAAGAGGCACAUCUUUCGAAGCUGCUCAGUGCUCAGGAGGUUCUGCAACUUGUGAAACAGUGGCUCCUCCUGCAGUGGCUGGACUCUCAGAGUGGCUUCAACAAAGUUUGACCAAAAGUGACCGUCCAGAGCUGACCAGCGCAAAAGUUGUAGUUUCUGGAGGCCGAGGCUUAAAGAAUGGAGAGAACUUUAAAUUGUUGUAUGAUCUGGCAGAUCAGCUUAACGCUGCAGUGGGUGCUUCACGUGCGGCAGUAGAUGCUGGCUUUGUUCCCAAUGAUAUGCAGGUGGGACAGACCGGCAAAAUUGUGGCACCGGAACUUUAUAUUGCUGUUGGAAUCUCAGGAGCCAUACAACAUCUUGCUGGCAUGAAAGAUAGCAAGACUAUUGUUGCCAUAAACAAGGAUCCUGAGGCUCCAAUCUUUCAGGUGGCUGAUUAUGGUUUGGUUGCUGAUCUGUUUAAGGCUGUUCCAGAAAUGACAGAAAUUCUGAAGAAGAAAUGACAACAUGAUUCUCCAUCACAAUAAUCCUUAUAAUCUGACAAACAUUAAGACAUUCUUAACAAAUAUCAGCAACACGAGAAAUGUUCAUAUCCUGCAAUAAAAAUAAUAAUAAUGAA